UCCCGCCGGUGCGUGAGCGCGCGCCAACCCCCGCGGACUGUAACCGCGCGUCAUCAUCGUCGGCUGUGACGUCACGCGCGGAGGCUCCGCUGCCACAAUGUCAAACACUCGGAGGCAGCGCGAGCUCACGGCUUCCCCGCGCCACAAUGAGGAGCAGCACCGCCGCGUGCCGCCGCUCGCGCCCUGAACACAGCUCCGGUCACCGCGCGUGGAUCCUCGGCAUGCUCGCGGACAGCAGGUCUAUGUGAGUGUGUGAGCCGGUCAGAGGUCAGAGGUCAGAGGUCAUGCAGCGGAGGGAGUCCGACUCCCAAGGCCUCUUUUCCUCCGGAGAGACGUCUGACAACGACUGUGGGGUGGGGGCGAGUUGCGGAGAGGUGGAUGCGGUGUGUGCGUGCGAGGCCGGUCCCUGUACACUUUAUUCAGAAGCACACACGCCCACGCCGGAAACGCUCCUGUGUGAACACUGUGGAAAAAACAAAGUAAUGAUAACCAGGUACUCUGAAGGAUACGGCACAGAGGAGGAGUGCGUCCUGUCCGACCCUCAGGGCGAGAGCGAUGCAGAUGCUGAUAUCGAGGAUACAGACUGCAGACUCCAGGAACCGGGUUCUCUCCAGCGAAUCAGCUCGCGGAGACGCAAGCGCCCGCGGGUGGCGCGGCAGGACACCACCGAGAGCGAGGACGACGGCGGGCGGAGCCACAGAUCACAUCGCUGGAACCUCAGGCUCAGUCCUGACCGAGCGCACAGCAGGACCAUACUGGAGGAGAGCAUAUCCCAGGUCAGGCCGCUGGUCAUCUGCCGGCCAGACGUGGAGAGGCAGAAGAGUCCGGCUGAAGCUCCCCGAGGCUCCAGACGUCUGAUGCCUCUGUGGCCUCCUUCUCUCUCUCUCCCUCUCGUCCUCCUCCUCUCGCUGCCUCUCUCCCUCUCCCUGGUCAUCGUCAUCGUGUCUUUCAUUCUGCCGUGGGCCAGAGCUUGACCUUUAAAAAAAAAGUUU